CUUGAGCUGGUUAUAUUCUCCUUAUCCUUGCUUUUUUUUCUUUGUUUUUCUCUCUCUCUCUCUCUCUCUCUUCUUUAUACACAUAUAUUUUUUUAUUUUUUUCUAUUAUAGUAUUUCAGAUAUAUCACAUACAAGAUGUCUAAAAUAGCAACUAUUUUAAGAGAAUACAAGAUAGUUAUGGUGGGUGAAGGAGGUGUUGGCAAGUCAGCAGUCACUAUCCAGUUUAUUCAAUCCCAUUUUGUGGAUGAAUAUGAUCCUACCAUUGAGGAUUCAUAUCGUAAACAAUGCGUAGUUGAUGGUGAAUGUGCUUUGUUAGAUAUAUUGGACACUGCAGGACAAGAAGAAUAUAGUGCUAUGCGAGAACAAUACAUGAGAAAUGGAGAGGGAUUUGUUUUAGUUUACUCAAUUACUUCAGUCCGUUCAUUUGAACAAGUUCAAAAGCUUUAUCAACAAAUAUCUCGAGUUAAAGAUUUAGACUUAUUUCCAGUUAUUUUAAUAGGAAAUAAAUGUGAUAUGGAAAGUCAUCGACAGGUUCCAAGCUAUGUUGGUAGAUCUUUAGCUGAACAUUAUGGCUGUCAAUUCUUAGAAACUUCUGCUAAACAAAGAAUAAAUAUAGAUGAAGCAUUCUAUGGAAUAGUACGUGAAAUAAGAAGACUUAAUUUGGAAUCACAAAAUGCUCAAGAUGAAUUCAAUAACAAAAAUGGAUUAGCUUGCUGUAAUGAAUGUAUACUAAUGUGAAAUAAUCUAAUUUAUUGCAAGCUAUUAUAUUAUAUUAUAUAUAUAUAUACACACAUACAUACAUACAUACAUAUAUUUAUUCAAAUAUAUCAAGUGUUGUAAAUGGUUUAUCUU